AUGUCAGGUGGUGGAACUCAAAACAGUUUACGGAAAGCUCUUGGAGCAAUUAAGGACAGCACAACUGUCAAUAUAGCUAAAGUUAGUAGUGACUACAAGGAAUUGGAUAUAAAUAUUGUCAAGGCCACAAACCAUGUUGAGCGCCCAGCAAAAGAAAAGCAUAUACGUGCUAUAUUUGCAGCUAUCUCAGCUACAAGACCUCGAGCUGAUGUUGCUUAUUGCAUACAUGCUCUUGCAAGAAGAUUGUCAAAGACACAUAAUUGGGCUGUUGCUUUGAAAACCUUAAUUGUUAUUCAUCGGGCCUUGAGGGAGGUGGACCCCACAUUUCAAGAAGAACUUCUCAACUAUGGAAGAAGCAGAAACCAUGUGCUCAAUUUAUCUUACUUCAAAGAUGAUUCUAGUCCAAAUGCAUGGGAUUAUUCUGGCUGGGUUAGGACAUAUGCAUUAUAUUUGGAAGAAAGGCUGGAAUGCUUCAGAGUCUUGAAAUAUGAUGUUGAAACAGAUCGCCCUAGAACAAAAGAUCUUGAUACUCCUGAUCUACUUGAACAACUACCAGCUCUUCAGCAACUUUUAUUUCGUGUUUUAGGCUGUCAGCCACAAGGAGCAGCAGUUCAUAACUUUGUGAUUCAGCUGGCACUUUCUAUGGUUGCUUCUGAAAGCAUGAAAAUCUACAAUGCAAUUAGUGAUGGUUCAGUUAAUUUGGUAGACAAGUUCUUUGAGAUGCAACGACAUGAUGCUCUUAAGGCUCUUGAUAUAUAUAGGAGAGCUGGACAACAGGCUGAAAGAUUGUCCGAGUUUUAUGAAGUAUGUAAAAGUCUUGAUAUUGGACGUGGGGACAGGUUCAUUAAGAUUGAGCAGCCCCCAUCUUCAUUUCUACAAGCCAUGGAAGAAUACGUGAAAGAAGCUCCUCGUGCUUCUACUGUUCAUAAAGAUCUGCAGGAUAGCAAACCAAAAACAAUUUUGGCCAUAGAAUACAAAAAAGAAACAGAGGUUCAAGAGAAACAGACAGAAUCUCCACCACCUCCUGCACCCGUGGCUGAACCCGUUAAGGUGGAAGCGGUUGCCUCCAAACCACCACCAGAUUUACUGGGUUUGGAUGAUCCGGUUACAGACGCUUCUGAAUUUGACCAGAAGAAUUCUUUAGCUUUGGCUAUUGUUCCCGUUGUUGACCAACCAACUUCAACCACCACAACUUCAUUCAACGGAACCUCGGGAUGGGAGUUGGCACUAGUAACCGCUCCAAGCUCUAAUGGGACCACCGCGUCCGCAAGCAAAUUGGCCGGAGGGCUAGACAAACUUACACUUGAUAGUCUCUACGACGAUGCAAUCAGAAGAACCAACCAAAACCAAACCGCGAGCUUCAACCCAUGGGAACACGGUCCGCUAGCCGGGACCAUGAUGCCGCCGCCACAAACCGCACCGGGCCCAUUCUACGGCUCAACCGCCCUAACCGCACCACACAACAUACAAAUGGCUAUGGCUCAACAACAACAACAUCAACAACAAGCCUUCAUGUUCCAACAACAACAAAUGAUGAUGAUGGCCCCACCACAACAAAGUGCAAACCCAUUUGCAAACCCGUAUGGGCCCACCUCGCACCCUUAUGGGUCGGGUGUCCCGGUUCAAUCGUAUAAUCCAUAUACGGGACUUAUAUAGGAGGUUUUUUCGGGGUGGAAAUGUGUACAAGUUAAUUAGGAGUAGGAAUAUGCAUUGUUCAUUAUUUGAGGUCGAGGGUUGGAAUAGUGUUUUCGGGUUAUAUUCACAUUCUUUUCGUCUGCCAAUUUUUUUUUUCAAGGUUUUCUAUUUUGUUUAAGAUAGAAAUAUCGUGUAAAACUUUUGAGAUUAUCAUUUGCACAUUCAUGUAUCAUAUAUAAAUAGUAAUUGAGUGGUCAUUCUUGGACAGUG